AUGUCGCCUUCGCCUCGCGUGGACAAUGAAAAUGAACAGCCCUCAUUUCGUGCGUCAUUUUCAGCACUCGUCAAAUAUCUCGAAAAGAGCUUCCGCCAGGAGGGAGUAGUGAGUAUUCCACAUGAGAUCAUUCGGCCGUUCCGACAGACGUUCCUCCCGAAUGACAGUUCACCUCUACGCGACCUACAAAAAGCAUUGGAAAAUAGCCGGCCGAAGAAUGUACUUCGUCUUGCUCCACUGUCGUUCUGCGGAAUUGUCUCUAUCGUUCUUCAAUACCCUUACUCUUUGGUGCAGUCGAAGCUUCUCUAUCUCUUCGUGGACGUCAUUCGACAACACAAGAACGAGACAGCAUUCGCAAAGAUCCUCACACAGGUUCAGACAGCAUCAGUCACACCCGAGGCGGUUCGAGAUCGAAAGGACUUCAUUUGCAGGAAACUUGCAGGUUGCGUUUUGCGCCACCUUAUCAGUGAGGGCAAGGACACACAGCUGCGUUGGAGAGCGGCUCAAUUGCUUUCCGUUGUUCUUCACGACAGCUCUGUCGCAAGGAAUAGCCUUGCGCAAAUGCAGGACUGCUGCAUGUUGACCCCUUUCCUCGAAGCACAUGAAAGCUACCUACUUCGCGUGCUCGUCGCCGAUAUUGUCAGAGGACUAUUGUACAAUGGAAUGGACCGAGCUGUCUUGAAGAGUUCUCCAGGCCCACUCAGGAUUGUUGACGACAUUCCCAUCUCUGAGAACGCAGAAGCAGAAUGGCUAGGUCGGGUGGUUGAAUUUCUAAGCGACUUUGACCUUCGACGUGCCUUUGCCGAACGGACCGACCGCAUCUACAGAGUCCGGCGCCUGGAAUAUGGAGAGGGCGCAUCUUACGUUAUCCGCGAUGGACUCGUUUCCAUCGCCGCAGCUUCCCAUCAGAUCACCUUCCUUCUACCAGAUGCACCCGACUUGCUGACCCUUUUCUCCAUCCCCGUCACGAGCGAUCUGUCUAUCAGUAGCACGACGUCCAAGUCGAAUAGUUCCAGUGCAGUCGAGAUUGCAUAUCCCAACAACACAGGCUUCUGGAUUAAAGAUGGAAAAAAAAGCGCGAUUGACAGCAUCACAAUCACUCUGGACGAUGUUGAGUCUGCAGAUUCCCUGGUUCAAAAGGUGAGAGAGGAACAAAAUACUGCUCCAGGAGAUGAUUUGGUAACUGCUACCACGACCGAACAAGGCUCGACUCGAGCGUCGCAGAAGUGUUCGCUAGCUUUCGUGGACUUCAACAUGUUUAUCGACUCUGAAGGUGACCAACCGUUCGACCAGGGCACGAGGACUCCUGCUAGCGUGGCGGACCCUUCUGGCGUUGAAAUCUCUUCUCCUCUUGAGAAUCUUUCCCAGCGAAAUCUACAAAAGAAAGCGAGCCAAGCACACCAGAGCGAGCAUACGGAGGUUUCCGUACCAUCUCAGAACAAGAAGAGGACCAAUGCGCAUCGGGACACACCGCGUAACGCCGGGUCGGCAAAAGACGUCGCGCACACAACAAAUGUUGCUUCGAAUCCUCCAGAGUCCAAGCCUGGGGCGAGAGGUGCAGAUUCAGCGGCUGGUCAGAUAGCGGGAACGAGCGAAAAAAUUAAGACCAAGGAAAGAGCAUCUCACCAAAAGCCAGCCUCAGAGCUACCUGCACACAGAAAUCGCCACCAGAAACAAGCUGCUGCAAGCGCAGGCCCGACAGAAACCAACGAACAAGCAAACGUCAAAAAGUCACGAUCGAGGCCUUCUGAGUCCGCCUCGGUGUCCUCGGAUGGCCAGCCCACUCCUGCCUCUUCAAAGACAGCCCAAAGGGUUAGAGGCGUUAUCACACAAGACAAACGAAAGAAAAUCGCUAAAGACACCAUUCAUACUCCUACAACGAUGGAUCCUCAGGCCGAGUCCCAGAUGGGCCAAUCCCCUCCACCUGCGCCUGCCAAACCGGGACUCAAGAAGAGAUCCCUCAAGCAGUCCACCGAUGGGGAACAAUCUCAAUUGCGAGCCGAACCAGACUCAAUGACAAGCGAGUUCGAUUUGCCGUACGUAGGAGAGGAAAGCGAUCACCCAAAGAAGAAGGCCAAAACCAAAAACUCAAAGCAGCCUGUUAGGACGCAAGGAAACACCGAAAAUAAGGUGACGAAAAAUACAUUCAAGAAGGACGCGGAUAGUCAAAAAGCGAGAUCACAAAAGGGCAAAGGAAAGCAGAAGGCGGCACCAUCACCCGUCAAGGAAGGACAGAAGACGGCGGCGUCGACACGAGCCAGGCGUACCGUCAAGUCGUCGACAUAUGUCAAUGAUUCGGACAGCGACGCGGAUGGCGGCGCAGAAGGUGAUGACAAAGUUAGCCAAGCAAACAAGAAGUUCACCAGAGACGACGAUGAGGGUCACGCCGAAGAUUCGUACCCUGUCAGUAACGAGGAGAUGGAAGCCGCACGGCAUGGCUCCGAACUGAGUUUCGACUCCAACCUCAAGAAGUUGGUCCCUACGAAGGUGGCCCGCGAAGACGCCGGACCAUCCAGACAGCACCUUGCUGGCACCAAGGGCACUCAUAAUGCUACUCCACAACGCACAAUUCAGCCUGUCAGUGAAAGUCCCAUUCCUCCCGUGAGUGAAAACCUGCUCCGAAGGACUUCCAUUGUGGGAUUUGGGCCUCGAGGUCCCAAGAAUCAAGCUGUGCCACUCGGCUCGUCAGCGAAGAGGACCACUCAAAGCCAACUACCAACAAAUCCAAUCACGCCUGUUCCAGUUCAGAAACGACCACCAAUGGAGCAAGGCUGCGCUGAGGACGACAGCGAAGCCCAGACGAGUGGAAGAAGACGUUGCGAGAACAUUAAACCAAGAGAACAAGAAACUCAGCAUGAGACUAGAGAGCCAGAAGCCAUUUCGGAGGUCACCGACGUGCUCGGCUCUAACCCAUCUGUGUCGGACAAGUCUCAACGACAUGCUGAGCGUAAUCCUGACGCCGCUGUUCUGGAAAAGGACGACACCUCCAUGUGUGAUGUCCACGAUGAGCCGGAUCUGGGAAUCGGCAUUGGCGACGGAGAUGUUGUUGCCAUGAAGGAACUUUUGGCUCCGAGCAAAGCCGAUAACCGUGCUAUCAAACGCCGCGUGGACGACGCUAAGCCCAAGUUCAAUGCUGAUACCAUCUCUGAGGUUGCCGGUAAACUCGUUGCGCAUAAGGUUCGACCUCAAAAUGAUCCUGUUGGUACUGCUCGCGCAAUCCACGACGAGUCGAUGCCUGAAGCCAAUGCCGAGAUCAGUGCACAGGUAGCAGUGGCGCCAAAUGAUGACAUGCCUAUAGAUGAAGACCAAGCCCGGGACCACGCCCUGCCCCCGGCUCUACAAGUCCACAAUGAAGCAGAAACCCUACUUAACGAUACACCAGACCCCGACGCAAAUGAGAGUCGAAGAUCUUCGACAGCCUCAUCUGAGAACGUCUUUGAGCAGGAGCGUUCCGAAUACGUCGCGUCUGAUCCGGCUUCAGACGACGAUGUGGAGAAUUCUGCUAACUUGCAUUUCUCUGAACCUCAGGACAAUUCCAAGUCUCGAGACAUGCAGCCGAGGCCGCAGACACCUCUUCUGGAAGAUGAGAUACCACGAGGACGUCCAAAGCACCAACCGGCCGUCAUUGCUCAAGCCCAUAAACGGCAAUCUAUCGGAGUUGCCGCCAUCCUGGAUGCCGAAUACCCCCAGGCCGAGAAAGCUAUCAACACAAGCAAGAUGCGCUCAAGCUUGCAUCCGGCACAGGAGCGAACGAAUGUCCGUGAUGCCAGGAUUCGCGAAGCGCGACCAGACGUUGAAGAGUCUGCAAUCAGGGAUGGAGCCAGCGGUAGCAAUCAGAAACCCGUGCCUGCGACCACAACGACCAGCUCAAGAGCACAUGGCUGGGAGCCACAGCCAAAGAGCAACCCCAUAGUGAUGCGCGAACCACUCAAGGGCAUGUGCCCUCCACCUCCGCCUCGUAGUGCUCCUUCCAAGUCUACGACACGGCCUGACCACGCACCUACCUCUAACACCACUAUCGCACCUGCCUCGCCACGCACUCCCAGACGACGAAGCAACCCAGUGAUUGUGCCACAUAGAUUAUCACCAGCCGUGCAAAGCCCUCGCAAUAAGGCACCAUAUCCCUCGCUGAACGUGCCCGUCCGCAUCAAAAAGACCAAGCCACCAGCAAGAAAAGUUUCGAUAUCUGAAGUCGUGGCUCCCCCCGGUACACCAAUGUCUUUCUGCACUCGCUUGGGUGUGCAUGCAUCAUUGGCUGAUGCCGCCGUUGAUGAACAAACCGUGGUAUCUGAGCCUAAGGCCGCGUUUCACAGACCAGGGGACGGGAGUUUGACACUUGUGAACGAGGACGAGUCAACCUUAGGUCACCCGGCAAGAAUAUGGCCUCGUGGUGUCAGCCGCCACCGAUCGGUAUCGACUGACGGCAUGUCUUCGGCCAUGUCACCCUCGGGUGGUUCACGCUUCGCACAUAGAGCUGACCAACAGAUACUGCGGGAUGUACAGGUCAGAGACACUCAACAUGGCUUGCUGGACGCAAUCACCAAGAUUACUACUGAUGUGCUCUUUCGUUUCGGACAAGAAGAAGAUGCUGUCAACACCAAGGUGGAUGAAUAUUUCCGAGGAGGCGAUCAGAUUGUUCAGACUUUGACGGACAGCUGGAACCAGCGUCUAGGCCACGAGCAUCGGAACAUCGCAACCAAGCUUGGCGAGGAGAAGGAUUUCAUAACGAAAACUUCAAAGCUGGUUACCGAGCAAAACAUUGGUUCGUGGAAAAGUAUAAUAUGCGACAACCAUGUUGGGGGAAAACUCCAGAAGAGGACCAAAAGUUUGAUUGCUAGGAUCGAGGCUUUGAGGAACAAAGAUUGA